AUGUCUAUUGCUCAGAGGAAUAUCGCCAUGGAAGCCAUCAACAUGGCUCAGAAGAAGCCAGACGUGACACUUACGGUCCUUGGAUGCGCCAUCUUAUCGGGCAUAUUUGCCUCCCUCUCAGAAACAAAAAGCCACUCCGCAUACCCGUCGGAGUCCGGAACCAACACGCCCUCAGAAUUUGUCUCACAGCAGAAGAUCCCAAAUAAGUUCAUUGCCUGCGUACGUCGGCCGGAGUCCGUAAGGCGUGUCCACAAGGCCCUUGACGGCUUCGCGGUGCCAUUGACUGUGUUGCAAAACGAAAAUAUCAAGGCCGUUAACGAAGCCGAGGUGGUCAUCCUCGGCUGCAAGCCAUACAUGCUGCGUGAUGUUCUCGACGUGCCUGGCAUGACAGAGGCGCUGCAGGGGAAACUUCUCAUCAGCAUCCUUGCCGGUGUGACCGUAGACCAGAUCCAGGACACAUUAUAUCCGCCGACCUCGACAGUUCCAGAAUCAAAGCGCUGCCGCGUCGUUCGCGUCAUGCCCAAUACCGCCGCCAUCGUCCGUGAAUCCAUGACAGUUAUCGGUACUUCCACUCCACCCCUCCCCGAGGAGUGGAAUAUGUUGAUAUCUUGGAUAUUUUCUCGCGUAGGACGGGUAGUCACUCUUCCCCCAUCGAUGAUGGAUGUGUGCACCUCGCUCGCUGGUUCGGGCCCUGCGUUUGUAGCCUUGGUCAUGGAGGCGAUGGCCGAUGGAGCGGUUGCGAUGGGGCUGCCGAGGGCAGAGGCGCAAAUGAUGGCUGCCCAGGUCAUGCGUGGGACGGCUGGUAUGGUUCAGAAUGGCGAGCAUCCAGCGUUGAUUAGGGAGAAAGUCAGCACUCCUGGCGGCUGCACGAUUGGUGGCUUGCUGGUCCUUGAAGAGGGAAGAGUUAGGGGUACGCUUGCACGGUCAGUUAGAGAAGCGACGGUUGUCGCGGGUCAGUUGGGACAGGGUAUCCAGGGCGUUAAUGGGACUCGCUUUUAA